UCUCUUACUCCAAUUGUACCUUCAGCUUUACACAAUGCAAAGUUCUUCAAGUCUGAGAUACUGAGCUUCCAUUCAUUCCAACACAUUCUGCGUCCUCAUCUCACCAUCUUUGCUACGAACCAGUCUUCUGUAUAUUUCAAAUUCUCCUCCAGAGCUAUCAACUUUUCCACUGAGUUCGAGUUCAGUUACAAGUGCACAUCAUACACAUUUCUCUGUUCCAGUUCACAACAGGUUUACGUCCGGAUAGAUUCACGCACACGCUCUAGGAACCAGAAUCCUGGAUGUCUGCGAUCAUUUUGAUUCACAUCGGCUGUCCUGCCCUGCAGUGAAUUUGAGCAACCUCCAACUUCCACUUUGUUCAAUCUUACUCCUUUCGUGAUCAUUGCUCUUGAUCCGAUGCUCGGAGUAAUCUCUGUGUCACUCCUGUAGCACCGCGCAAGAACUCUCGUGACCAUCGCGCACUACACACAAGUUGUGACUCUGCGACGGACAGUUCAGUUUUGUUCUGGUGAGCCGGGCUUGCGGCUCGAGGAGGAGAGAGCCUCUUGGAAGUGACUCUUGUACAUUUCGCCCGCGCGUGUCAAGCAGCAAACGUUUCUUUCUCUGUGAGAGUGGAGGAGAGAAUGGAAGGUGCAGGUGCUUCCCUCGUCAGUGACGCUGCUGAACAUGCGAUGGCCUCCGUAUACGGGGAACCAGAGACGCCUGAUGUGAGGGAGACAGACGAGGAACCGGAGCUUCCGUCCGCUGUCCAGGACCUUCUACGGCGUCUGGAAGGCAAAGGCGAGCGUAUCCGGUGGCUUCCCGAUUUAAGCAAGCCAGAAUUUCGAGAGUUCUUUCCGGAUGGUGAAUUGAUUUCGACGAUCACAGGGUGGCGAAGCCAAGUGCGCCUUCGAGUGCUGGAGGCAAUCGGCAACUGCAACACCUUUGAGGAACUCACCGUGCCACUCAUUCAUGACAGAGCUAAAUAUGACGGAGGUAGAUAUGGGUCGACUUGGGGAGAUAUAUCGAGGUUGACGGCAAGCGAGUGGGCGAUAGUUUUCAGAGGAUUCAUGUCUAGCACCAAUCUACAAGAGAUACACGUUAGAAAAUUGACAUGGAGUUCAGAUGCGGAAGUGGAGAGCUUGUAUUCACAGCUGGGGAGAAUUCUGAAUUCCUCUAGCGUGACAGAAUUGGAUAUAGAGGGUUGCGAAUUGAGUGCCAGAUGUUGGUUGAAUCUCGCCUCAGGACUGCGAGGAAAUUGCGAAUCUAAACUCCAGUUUUUAUUUUUACGGGACGCGUGGGAGGACUCGAGUGCGGUGAAGCAUGUGGCUGACAUGAUCAACAGUGCUCCUCUAUUACAAAAGUUGGCAUUAGAGAGUUCGAAAAUGGAUGAUGAGGCCGUUGGAAUGCUGUCCCAGGCUUUGAUCCAGAGCUCGUCUUUGCAAGAAUUGACGUUAUGGGAGGUGGAGUUGGGAGCGGCCUUGUUGCUGAAAGCUUUGGCCGGAGAAGAUGGCAACCGAUCCAUUGAACGUCUUAUCCUGGUGAAAAUGGAUGGACUCGGAGACUGUUUGAGGCAAGUUCUUUCUUCCAACCCAUCAUUGAAGGAAGUGAGCUUGGGACACGUGCGGAUGGGUCCUGAGGAAUGGCAGCAGCUCGGCGAAGUCAUACGUGACAAUGCUACAGCAACCAACAUUAAUGUAGUUUUCUGGGGAGAGGAUGAAGAAGAUGCUUGGAAGUCAAUAGAAGCUCUUGUGUGUGCUGCUAGCUCCGAUGUCAAGGACCCCACAUUGGAGCUUUGCUUCGUUCCUAAGAGUCACCAUUAUUAUAUGUUAUCACUAAACCUAUUAGGUAGGGCACUGCGCGGGGAACUCAAAUCUCUAAAAUCUUUCGUAUGGCGGAAGGAUGAGUAUUCAGGUAGCAACGAAGAUGGAUUAGAAGGUAUCCUGUCAAUGAAUGGAAACACUGGAGAGACUUCAGUCCUGAAGAAACUGACAUUAGAAACUAUCCAGAAAGAUGUUUUGAAGGACCUUCUUCGGUGCUUGCGAGUGAACACAAGUCUCACUCACUUGUCUUUGAUAAACUCCAAAAUAGAAGAAGAGGCGUUCAGGGACCUGAUGGGGAUCCUGCGAGGGAACACAAGUCUCACUCACUUGGAUUUGGGUGGGGUCAAAGUCUUAGGGGAGAAGGAGGCGUCCUUCAGGGACCUGAUGGGGGUCCUGCAAGUCAACUUGACUCUCCAGAAAAUAAAUGUGGAUAGAACCAGAUGGAAUAAGGACGGAAAGGCGGCGCAGAUUGAAGAGGCGCUCAAGCAGAACCAGAAGCGGGCCGUGGACAUGUGCGUCUUCAGAGAAGCCAAAUUAGAAUUUGAAGCUGCAAAAGCUGGUCGACUCUUCUUAUGCGGCUCUCCUCUAGCAGGCAAGACUAAAGUGCGUCAAACCCUGAUGAGGAUAGUUAAAGGCGAAAGUUGGAUUGGCAACAAAUGGAAGGAGUUGUGGAGAACACAGGGAAUUGAAGUGGAAUUCUUGCAAAACGAUGACAAAAGUCAAAUCUCAAUAUGGGAUCUUGCGGGACAACGCAUUUUCCGUACCCUUCAAACUGUGAUCUUCCCUCAAUCCAACAAUUUUUGUAUUUUUUUAUUUGUUUAUAGUCCCUUCUGUGAAGAAGAUUUUUCAGAGAAAGAAGGAACUUGUUUCGAGACUGAGUUGGAGGAAUGGUUAAGUUUCAUCACAUCCAGCAGUAGGCUCACAGGACAUAGUCGUCCACAAGUUCUUGUUGUUAUUACACACAAGGAUAAAGUGCCAUACAGCUCUUUGGAGUGGGCUCAAAACAUAGUAUGCACACUAACCAAAAGAUUCGCAAAUUUUGUGGAUCUCCACCAAGAGGUUUUUUAUUUGGAUGCACGAAAGAAGAAGGAAGUUAUUCCUCUCAAAAAUCACAUUUUUGAGAUCUUCAAAAAUUUGUUGAGUGAAAAGUCCCCACGGAUUCCCCAAUUGUGUUCACAUCUCUCCUCCCUCUUGGUUACAAACACCAAGAAGAACAGAUUUUCCCCCCUUUGGCCAUCCAAAACCUUUCAUGAAUUCUGUGGUCUUAGUUUGACAGAAUUUAUUCCAUCAUCUUCAGCUCAUUCAGUUGAUCGUGAAAGGAUAAUGAGCUCAAUCAUAUCAUAUUUGAAUGACGUUGGAUCCAUCAUUUCUAUCCCCAACCUUGAUUACAUCAUUGUAGAUCCCAACUGGCUUACUUAUACAUUAUUGGGUAAACUAGUAGCUCUAGGUCAAAACUUUCAACCUCAACCAUCUGGGUCCUUUGAAAGAAGCAUAUACGCAAGCAAGCACGGAUUUGUGAGCGAGAUCGUCUUUGUUCGUUUGAUGGAGGAGUUUCGGCGAAGCCAACCACAUGGACAGGGAGAUGUGACCACAAAGGUGCUUGAAGACAUCCUUAUCAAUUUAGAUUUGUGUUUCAAGGUGGAAGAUCCUUCUCAGUAUUUCAUUCCUUCCUUCAUACCAGAGCAUGCAAGCACGAAAAAGCAGACGGCUCAAGAAUUGGCUUGGGAAACUAGGAACGAGACUUCACAGUUUGUCGGCAUCCGGAUUCAAUGCCAAGAUGGAAUCACAAUGUCACUGACCGCUGCUUUUUUUCCAUGCUUUCAGAUGUUCAUGAGACGCAAGUUGAUAUCGGAGAUGAAUGUUUCCAAGAAGAAUGUGACCUGCUCUCGCCAUUAUCUGCAACUUUUCCUUGAUGGGUACGAGAUCUACGUCGAGCAAGGAAGGUCCCACAAGUACGUGGAUGUUCUGAUGUUACGCUCGAAGCAUAAAUCAAGGUCGGAAGCUCUGCAAUAUGUGAUGAAGCAUAUUGUCCAGGAGUUGAUAUCAUUUUGCGCAUCACCCAAAGGCUGUCCAGGGCUGGCGUUAGUGCUGGGUGUGAUCCAAACUCGUUGCGUGGAGAUGCUGGUUCCGAUUGAUCUCAGAGGAGCCAUUUUGAUCAAGGAGCUCAAAUCAAACUUCAUUCGUCGCAUCAAUGAGAAACUUGAGGAUAUUCCGCGGGAUAGGUUGCAUUUGGUGAAGGAGGAAGAGUUGUUGAACUAUGAGCACUCUUGGCCCUUGAUUGACGGGCACACACCGAGAAUAUCCGAAAGAGCUAGGGAUUUGCUGCAGGAGAGCGAUGUGGAAGCGGUUGUGAAUGAGAUUCGACAGAAGUGCGUUCAACAAUUGGAAUCAAUUCGGCGAGCCUUCAUAAGUGUGAGCAAUGAUUUGGAUCAACCUUACAUUGAAAGUGAGAACAGGGUUGGCAACUCAAGUAAUUCAGACCGACUUGAUAGGUCCAACUUUGUUAAGCUGGAUGAGAGAUUGAGAUCAGUGGAGAGCGUGGUCCAGAGAAUGGACAUGAAGCUGGGACAGAUACUCACUUUCCAUCAAGAAUUCCCGUCAAGGUUAAGUGACCUCAUGUCUAAAAUGGACAGGAUGAUUCAGUAUCCUGAAUCUUUUCAGCAGGCGAGAACUCCCAAGAGACCUUACGUGACAAAUGAUGUUGGUGUUCUCUAUAGGAUAAGUGCAAUUCUGCAUGCCGGGACAACCAUUCGCUUAUAUUUAAUGUGUGAGUCAAUGACUGGAUUUCACAAAGUCAAAGAUCAAGAAGGUUUGAACAUACGCUUGGAUAAGGAGAAUCUCACGUGGCUUCGGAAAACUAUUGAAAUCUCAUGCAAACUCGUGUAUUACGCUGUGAAGGCAGGACUGGAAAGGACCCUCAAUUUGAGCUCAAUGAUUCCGGACUGGAAAGAUUUAGAAUCAGAUAUUGUUAAACUAGAUAGCAUUAGCGAUCGUGAUCGUAGGGCAGUUUUAAAAGGUGGGGAAAGCAUGGAGCUAAAAGAAGCAUGGCUGAGGAUUCAGCAAACUCUUGCGCCUCAGCUUCGAGGUAGCUAUUCGGCAAAAUUCAAGUUGUUUCGGGUGAAAUACGUGAGUCUAGAAUUAGGUGGGCAUGCAUGGGUGUGCGAGGAGUGCAUGCAUAAAGGUCUUCGAUCUGGCAUUUUGACAUAUUAGGAAUUUGAAGAGGUUAGAAUGUCACUAUGCAAUUUACAAGCAUAUGUUUAGACCCUCAUGCAAUAUGAGCAUCUGCGAUACCUUAGGGUUUUCACUUG